AUGAAGGCCGCUCUCCUCCCCCUCGCCGCCAUGUUCGCCGUCGCCGCGGCCCAGACCACCUCCGUCUGCGGCGCCGCCUACAUUGUCGAGACCUGCCUCGGUACCGAGAACAGCAGGCUCGCCUUGUGCGGCCGCGACGACUACGGCUGCAAGUGCGCGCAGUAUCCCAACAUCAUUGCCUGCUACAACAACUGCCCCAACGAUCCCCGCAAGGCAUCCGACAUGGGUCAGCGUGACACCUGGUGCGCUCUCGACAAGCAAUACCCGUCCUCCACCAGCAAGGUCGCCGUGGCCACCACCAACGUGAACACCGCUCCCGCCGCCGCCGCCACCACCGCCGCCUCUUCCAGCGGCAGCGACAACGAGAACACUGACGACGCCAACACCACCGCCACGGACGCCGCGUCGAGCAACACCGCCUCCGCCCCUUCGAGCUCCGCGACCGGUAACGCCGCCGGUGAGGUCCUUGUGAACGCCGGUGGCUUGCUGGCUGCUGUUGCGGGUGUCGUUGCUGCUGUGCUUUAA